AUGAAACAUAAAAACUUUGUAGUAACAAGGCUACUACAAAACUUAAUCGCAGCAUCAGAAAACAGUAUUUCAGAAGGAACAGGCAAAGAAGAAAUUGUUGUAGCAAUGGAAUUUGUAGAUGAAGAUGUGGAUAAUUAA